AUGGAAAGCGACUCCAUUCUGGGCAAGGGAGAUCGAAGUCCAUACGUUCGUCUGCUGAAGACCCUCGCCGACAAGCCCAUCCUUGCUGGAAAGAUCCGUGCUCUCCGGCUUUCAAAGGCUGAACCUGAAUUCGACAACAUACACAAAAUUCGUGCAGCAUUGCAAAACUUGACGCUGGAUUGGAGCCUAGUAGGACGGCUGAGAAGAUGUCUCAAUCGUUCCGGCGCUGCUUCUCUCCUCCUAGCGCACGCGCCUCAAGUCGAGCUUGUCGAAUGCGAGAUGGCCAACUGCAAGUCUGGUAUCCCGUGGAUGUUGAGCGGCAUCCUCGGGUUGGAGGAUAAGGUCGACUUUCAUAAUGAAAUCCGCAGGAUCGACGACCGUUUUGCUUUCCUCGUUGAGGAAGCAAAGUUGUUCUUCAACUCGGAUCCACGAAAUAUGAACACCCAGCUUACAGGCCGUCUGAGGAAUAAGUCUGUCAACUACAGCCCACUUCAAAACUUGAGAGAGGUACGAAUCAUGGCCAAAGACGUGAAGGAAGCAUUCCUUCUAGCCUGGUCGAUCGAACCGAUCCUUCUUAACCCAAAUCUCAAGACAUUGCGCACUCGUGGCGUCGACUGGUACAUGGAUGAGAAGGAAAUGUUCGUCUGGCCGACCCAUCAAAGCAACCUAGAAUGUCUUGACCUUCAGCAGACGAUUUUAGACGGCAACACCCUUAAGAAAAUCAUGACGCGCUGUCCAAAGCUAAAAAGUCUGUUCAUAGACUUGGCGGACUUGUAUACAAAGCGUGAUGAUAGUGUUCCCGACGACAACCUUCGCGGCGGCAGAAGUCACUAUGGUAGUGACAGCGACGAUGAAGAGCAAUACGAUGACGGUAGUUUUUCAGAUCCUGAUGCUCGCCAUGGUGAUCCAGUUUGCGACGUUGAUGUUAAUCUAACAGACAUUAGCAAUGUUCUUCGAGAGCAUGGAGGCAAUAUCGAAGAACUUGCCUUCUGCACUUUCCUCUACGAGCAAGAUUGGAUAUAUUAUAGUUGGGGAGGCAUUGGGUCACUCCGCGAGCUCACAAAACUGCGAUAUCUAAAGAUUGAGCACUGGAAACUCCUGGGAUCCCAGGACGACGACUUGUACGACAACCAUUCCAUGAAUUCAUCCGCGCCCUCUUUAAAAUACAAGCGCUUCAGCGAUGUUCUACCAGCCUCGAUCGAAACACUUUAUAUUUACAACAUCGACGUUCACCCUGGUGCGAGUUAUAAGAUAGAUGAAGCAGAAACGAUCAACGCUUUAGUCAAGGCAUUUUUGGCUGAAGCUGAGACCUGGGCGCCCAAUCUUCAAAAGAUAGUGGUGGAGUGGUGGCAGUCUACAUGGAAAUGGGAGGAUUUCUGUGAAAGAGACUGGUCCCGAGAGACAGUAGAUGAUGGGUGGGAUAUCAAAUUUAUAGAGGCGCCAUUUGAGCAUGAGCUUCCUGAGGAACAUCAUAAAAUGAUUCAUGUCAUAUUGACCAAGAAGGAAAAGGGGCGCAAUUAG